CAGUUAGUUGGUAACUUGAGUGCAAGAAGUUUUGUAUUGUUCAAUUUUUGUUCUCUUUUUUCUGGUACUGUUUUGUGUUAUUAUUUAUACGUUUCAUCAAUAGUGGGCCUUAAUUUUUUAUUUUAUAAUUUGUUUUUUUUUUGUGUGUGUUUGUGGGAUCAAAAUAUAAUCAAAAUUAUUCUCGAUUGUGCAAAAUAAAGAAUUUAAAUGUAUAUUUAACAAAUGUGUGGAACAACAAUAUGAGUCAGAUUACUUUUUGGGGCCUCUGUUCAGUGGCUAUUUUCAUCGCCUGUACACCGCACGUGACUGGAACAACAGAAGCAAAUGAAAAUCGAGAAGCUUAUUUCAAUGGAUCGUCUUAUUUACGACUGUUAACACCAAUGCCAAUGUGGAAACACUCUGCGUUCAGCAUAAGAAGUUGUAAAGGCGGUGAAUUGAUUUCACAGAGGUAUGGCGGCCGAACAUUUUUAUUGUCGAUUUAUGCCGAUUAUGUGUCUAUUUCAUUGGUCACGCCAAAUGCUCAUACUGAGGCACGAAUCACUACAAAUUUGUUAGACAAUAAAUGGCAUACCAUUGAGUUCCUUCCGCAAAUGGGAACCUUGAAGUUGUUGAUCGACCGAAAAGAAUCAACAAUUGCCAAUUCAACAUACAACACUCUGUUUCUAACCGAUGCACCCAGUGAUGAUUCUGCCAUACUUAUAUUGGCUACUACAUAUAGUGGCUGUAUGCUGCAUGGUCCAGGCCUGAAUUUUAGUUCAAGUGUUCAAAAUCAUCCAAUUCAAUUUGGACCGUGUCCUUUGAUGCAAGGUCCAUGCACUCAAAACGAUGUGUUAGUACGAACUCCAGUUGAUUAUUGCGUUCAUGAGCCAUGCAUGCAGAAGGGAGUUUGUGUUUCUCAAGCAGACACAUAUGUGUGUCAUUGUACGGCUAGAUAUUCGGGGAAAAACUGCGAAAUCGAUCAAGGAUCACCUUGCAAUUCAAAUCCGUGCAACUCUGGAAAAUGUAUUGAAGACAGCCGUGGUGAUUACUCUUGUAAUUGUCCAGCAGGUGUUACCGGCGCUCAUUGCGAAAUCGAAAUCACGAUACAUCCUUUGUGUGAAAAUCGGCCAUGCUUAAAUAAUGGCAUUUGUCGCGUUGUUGACGGCACUUCGAAAAUUGAGUGUGAUUGCGCGAAAGGAUUUACUGGAGCCAGAUGCGAAGUGAAUAAAGACGAUUGUGAGUCUAAUCCCUGUCAAAAUAACGGAAUUUGCGAAGAUGAAGUGGCAGGCUUUCGUUGUAAUUGUUCAAACACUGGAUAUUCGGGGCCACUAUGUGAAAAUAAUGUGAAUGAGUGUAAAAGAAAUGCCAACUUGUGUCUAAACGGAGGUGUUUGUUAUGACACGUACGGCAGCUAUGUUUGUGAAUGUCCGUCCAACUUUGUUGGUUUCAAUUGUGAACAGUUAAUGGAUCCAUGUGUGACGCAACCUUGUGACAAUGGUGGUACAUGCAUCAAUCGGAACGAAUCGUUUCAGUGUAUUUGUCCAAGAGGAUUUAGUGGAGAAAUGUGUGAGAAUAAAGAAUAUGAUUGUGAAUCCGAUUCAACUGGUGUACAAUGUAAAUCCAUUUCAAGUCAAGAUUGCACCUGUUUGAAUGGUGGUUCAUGCAAUGGAAAUUCGUCUGCGUGUAUUUGCCCGGAUGGAUUCGACGGAACAUUGUGCGAAAAUGAUAUUGACGAAUGUAAAAAAAAUCCGAACAUUUGUGUUCAUGGAAUUUGUGUAAAUCAGCCUGGAACCUUUAAAUGCUAUUGUGAACCAGGUUAUACGGGUAUAUAUUGCUCAAGCGAUGUUGAUGAGUGUUUAAGUCAACCAUGUAAAAAUAAUGCAACAUGUAUAAAUAAGGUUAAUGACUUCAAGUGCGUUUGUCCACCGGGGUAUGAAGGGAAGGACUGUGCUCACGAUAUUGAUGACUGUGCCAGUAGUCCCUGCUUCAAGGGUUCUACGUGUGUUGAUGGAAUUGACGAAUAUAAAUGUAUGUGCAUAAACGGGAUGACUGGAAAACAUUGUGAAAUUGAUAUAGAUGAUUGUGAGUCACAGCCCUGUCAACAUGGAGGUCAAUGUCAAGAUAUGUUGGGUGGCUUUUUAUGUAACUGUUCAGGCACCGGUUUUACAGGAGAUAAUUGUCAAAAUAACAUUGACGAAUGUUUAUCUUCACCUUGUGUAAAUGGUGGGGAAUGUACUGACAAAAUCAACGACUAUCAUUGCAACUGCUAUCCAGGAUAUAGUGGCAAAAUGUGCGAAAUCGACAUAGAUGAAUGCGCGACUGAUCCCUGCCAGAACAAUGGAACAUGUUUGGAAAGAUCAAAUAAAACUCUAUACGCUCUAUCAAACCAACACACAGACAUAGAGAUGCCACGAAUAUUUUAUGAGAAAUUCUCUUAUGAAAAUGCAAGUGGAUAUGAAUGUGUUUGCGUACCAGGAAUAAAGGGCAACAACUGCGAGAUUAAUAUCGAUGAAUGUGCAUCAGACCCAUGCAUACAUGGAAUAUGUAAUGAUGAGGUCAACAAAUUUACAUGCAGCUGUGAAAAUGGAUAUGAAGGAACCUUGUGCGAAAUAGAAAUUGACGAAUGUGAAGCGUAUAAGCCGUGUAUUCAUGGGAAAUGUUUUGAUCGCAUUGGUUACUAUGAUUGCAAAUGUGAUCCAGAAUGGGGUGGUAGAAACUGUUCUGUUAUGUUGAUUGGGUGUCAAAAUUUUCCCUGUCUAAACGAUGGACUUUGCACACCAUCACUGGAAAAUGAGACCCAGCACCAUUUCAAUUGCAGUUGUGUUGAUGGUUUCACUGGUGAAAGAUGUGAGAAAGACACAACGCUAUCACUUAACAAACAGAGCUUGGUCACUGUUUACACCAACCGUGCAGAAGGGUACGACAUCAGUUUGCGAUUCCAAACAACUUUGCCAAAUGGCAUUUUGGUCUUUGGCAGCGGAGGCGGUUCAGUUGAAACCGGUCUUAAUCGAUUUAUUCUGGAAUUAGUAAACGGCCGGCUGAAUCUUCAUUCUUCUUUGCUCAACAAAUGGGAAGGUGUAUUCAUUGGAAGUGGUUUAAAUAAUAGCCAAUGGCAUAGAGUUGUCGUUGCCAUUAACUCGACACACUUGCUUUUAUCGGCCAAUGAAGAGACAACAAUCUAUCCAAUUACACAAUAUGAUUCAAGUAUAAGUUACACCGUAUUUCCUACAACGUAUGUUGGUGGAUCUAUUCCACGUCUAACGACGUACCUGAGGCACCUAACUCACGCGGCAUCCAGUUUUGUUGGUUGUAUGCAAGAUAUUACGAUCAAUGGUCAAUGGAUAUUCCCGUUGGAGAAAAUUCCAAAUCAAACAUUGGAAAAUAUAGAACCAGGUUGCCAUCGAAAUCCGCAAUGCGAUCCAAAUCCGUGCGGGAUUAAUGGCGAAUGUAUUGACGAAUGGUCUGUAUUUAAAUGUAGUUGCCGGCGACCUCAUCUCGGCGAUAAAUGUGAAUACAACAUAACAGCGGCAACAUUCGGAAAUGAAAAUACUACACAUUCCGUCGUUUUUGUCAAUGUAACAGAAUCUGCCAGACGUAUGUUACGCAGUGUGGUUGAUAUUUCAAUGUUUGUAAGAACGCGUCAGCCCACAGGUCAUGUGUUUUACAUUGGAAGCGAUCCCAAAAAAGCUUCGGGCGGUGGUAAUCUUUCAUGUGUUUCGGCCAAAUUGAAUGGUGGUGAAUUAUUGGUUAAAUUUCAAAUAAACGGUAGCUAUGAAGAGCAACCAGUUGGUGGCAAUCGGCUAGAUAAUGGAUUCGUCCAUCUUCUGCAAGUGAUUCGUAAUCAAACUCUUGUUCAGGUCAAAAUCAACGGUACUGAAUAUUUUCGAAAAACACUUAGUUCGGUUGGACCAUUGGAUGCUGAAAAUUUGUAUUUGGGUGGCCCACCGACUGCGUAUCAAUCGAAAGACGAUGACAGUGAAAAUGAAAUAUCACUGGUGAACUCCGACAAGGACUAUUUCAAAGGAAUUAUACAAGAUAUCCAGAUAUCAAAUGGUUCACAGUCGAUGAUUGUUGAACUGUUUCCGCUUCAAGAUAAAAGCUUGAGACUCCCAAAACGAUUGGGCAUCGCGUACUUUGAUGAUACAUCCAUUUUGGCUGGUGAGGUAUCGGACGAUUUGUGCAGACAUGACCCAUGCCUACAUUCAGCAACAUGCCGAAAUACAUGGAAUGAUUUUGUUUGCAUUUGUCCACGGGGAUAUGUGGGUCGUUAUUGUCAAGACACGCAAUUCUGUGAAUUGACCACUUGUCCAGGAAAUGGAAUCUGUCAAAAUCUAGACGACGGUUUUGAGUGUCAGACUAAUGUCACCUUCCAAGGUGAUAAAAUGAAUCCAUUGGCAUUCACAUUCCAUCAAAUCGAACCAAUCAAAUCAAACGAAUUGAAACUGAAAGGUUCAAUCGAAAUUACGUACAGAACAAAGACGGGGGGAACAUUGCUUUAUGCUCAAAAUCAAAGAAAAUACUUUGAAAUUGCUAUUUAUAAGAAUCAAGUGACACUACUAUGGAAUUUAACUGGCGAUCUACCCGAAAUCAAAAGAUUCACCCAAGAAAAUUCUAACUAUGAUUGGCAAACUCUAGUUAUUAAUGUUCAAGAUAAUGUGCUUAAGGCACAUUUUAAAGGAUAUGAUGAAGCAUACGAUACUCAACAGUCAACGUCAGCGGAGAUUGAUCAAAAUGCAUUUGUUGAAUUGUUUUCAGGCACAAAUUUAAUCUAUUUGGGUGGGUUGGAGCCAGCAAUCGAUUCAAAAUUAAUUGGAGACGAUGAAGGUGCCGCGUUUAAAGGAUGCGUUGGAGAGGCUCGCAUAGGCGGAUACCUUUUACCAUUCUUUCCACAUGACGAAAUUUACAACGAGAAGAAUAGACCACCUUCAAGUUUUCGAUUGAACUCAACCAAACCAAAAGAAGGUUGCGUUUUAUGUUUCCAAUCGGAUUGUCGAAAUGGUGGUAUUUGUACGAAUCCCAACGAUGACUAUGCAUGCACAUGCCCCGCCGGUUAUGAACAGGACGAUUGCUCAGAAAACACGGAUGAAUGUCUUACCGCUGUAUGCUUGAAUAAUUCAACAUGCAUUGAUCUCGUUGCAAAUUAUUCUUGCAAAUGUGUUCCAGGUUACACUGGAAUGCACUGUGAAACUGAAAUCAACGAAUGUGAAUCGCAACCAUGUCACAAUGGAGGAAAUUGUACAGACCUGCUUGCAUCAUAUACGUGUACUUGUACAGAGGAAUAUGAUGGGCCACAAUGUGAUAUUCUUAAGCUGGUGACAUGCGAAAACAAGCCUUGCAAGACUGGUAGCUUUGCUUGCAUUGAUGGACACAAUUCAACAACAGGAAAUAAUUUCACAUGCUCAUGCCGACCAGGAUAUCAAGGUGCUUUGUGUGAUAUUCCCUUCUGUGCAGUUGAGCCUUGUAAAAAUGGAGGCUUUUGUUUGACUACCGGCGUAUCUCCAGUUUGUCAAUGCAGCUUAGGCUACACCGGCACUUUUUGUGAAAGUGAUUUGAAUGAAUGUGAAAGUUCUCCCUGCGUGCAUGGAGACUGUUUGGAUCUAAUUGGAAGAUAUCAAUGUCGAUGCGCUGGAACUGGAUUCGAAGGCAUUAACUGUGAAACUGAUAUAAAUGAAUGUGAGAUAGAUCACAUUGACUGCGGAGGUCGCGGAUAUUGCAUAAACACACUGGGAUCAUAUAGUUGUAAAUGCAACCAAUAUGGUUUUUGUGGAAACGACUGCUCGCUUGAAGAUCCAUGUGUUCCUAACCCCUGCGCAAAUGGCGGCAUUUGUAUGGAAAAAUGCACUGAUGUGGCUGACUAUUAUUGUAAUUGUACAAAUGAGUAUGCUGGCAAAAACUGUACCGAACAGGCGGUAUCGGAGAAAGAUAGCGGAUUUUCACCAACUGCGAUUGCGAUUGUUGUUAUACCAAUUUUGGUGGGUAUUCUUAUUAUUGGUGGAAUAUUUUUAGUUGCCUUCUUAAUAAUGGCACGUAACAAAAGAGCGACGCGCGGUACAUACAGUCCGAGCGCUCAAGAAUAUUGCAAUCCUCGUUUGGAAAUGGAUAAUGUUUUAAAAGUGCCGCCGCAAGAGCGAUUAAUUUAAAACGAUAAUUGUAGAAUAUCAGACUGCGUUUUCUCUGACCAUAUUUAGUUAAACUAUUGAAUAUAUAUUUACAUAUCUAAUGGCAAUAUGUACUUGCAUGUGUGAUGUUCAAUUUUUCACGAAAAAAAAAGAAAUUAUUUUGGACGAAACCAAAAGCUUGAAACCACGUGUGAAAUUCAUGUGAAGUUUUUCAAUUUGAUUAUGAUAAAACCUGGACCAAUUUCAUGUUACGUCAACAUGUCAUCUUUUAUUGUAAAAUAAUUUAAAACACAUCAUAUUAUUUAGAUAUAAAUAAACUAUUUUCCAGAAACUUA